AUGAGAUCCACCGUCGAAGGAGAAGACAUCGACCCUGAAGAUUGCAACGAGAUCGCCGGCUGGAAAAUCAUUGCACCCAGGGCCAGUAGGACCGGCAAGGGAGCGUGUUUAACCAAGGAUACUACCCCUACAGGGACACCACCACCACAGUCUCAACCAAGCAGUGGCAGCGUAUCCCGCGGAAGAUCGGGAUCAAGACACAAAUCCAAGGACCUUAGAGGAUCAUCACGCAGCCAAUCCAGGGGACCCCGGAGACGCUCCCGAGGACCCAAUAAGAACAAGCACGGGACCAAGACCCCGUUCGACGUCCGGGGGCGGACCAACGGACCACAUGGCCACGUAGCGGCGAGCCAGGAUGGGGGAGCCGGAGCCACCUGGGCCCAGCGACUUCAAUCACAACGAGUGACAGAGAUCAAGGAUGAUAUCAAAGCUGCCACCUCGGACAUAGAGACAGACCUGCCAAUAGACAGCGUAGACAGCCACCUAGCCCACAUGCUCGAGGCCAAACAGUCCCUCACAUCUAGGUGGAAGGGACAGCGUCUUAACCGCAGGAUAUCGAACAGCAAGAAAUACUCAUGCGACCUGCUGACACCUUUCCCACACGGCAAGCCCCUGAUGUCAAAGGGAUACGUUUACUACGCAGCGAACCGCUACAAGGACACGCUGUACAACGAGACCGGCACGGGUACCAACUACGCGUACAAGAAGAAGACGCAGCAGAGUUCGACGUACGAGCUGUACGGGAUCCAGUACACGUCGGACAAAGCGGUCGAUGGAUCGCACAACACGGAUGGCUUGAAGCCACCCUACUUCGCCCAUACGCUAGACUCCUACUGGAAUGAGCUGUUCCCCUGGUGGAUGGUGGAUCUGGCGCAGGACAUCACCGUCACCGGCAUACGCAUACGGAACCGCAAGGAGUGGGGUGACCGGCUGCACGACUUCGACGUGCGUGUGGGCCCACUGCCCAUCACGGCUGAGCACAACGACGUGCCAUUCAAAGGAAACACGCGCUGCCACUACCACGAGAAGGGCGGCAUCGAGGACGAGGCGCUGGUGUUCCUCGAGUGCAAGCCGUGCCCCGUCAGAGGGCGCUACGUCAGCAUACAGAUCACCCAGAAUUGCACCGACUGUCAGGAGCCGCUCAAGAACGUUUUGCAGCUCGCCGAAGUCGAGGUGUUUGGCCUGCCGUAGGUCUAGUGCGGCUGUUGACCGUAACGCGCCUAAUCAAGCUUAUUCUUUGUGUCAUUCACCAUGUUCUGCAAGCGUAACUUGCACACAUGAAAGUCUUGUGCAGCUAUUCUGUGGUAACUAACGUGUUGCAAUAAAGUUCAUUUUAUCAGAUCAUCUCGCC